AUGGCUCCCCACCACGUCCCCAUGGAAGCGCAGACUGAGCCGGUACUCAUCUUCGUCCUCGGUGCUCCUUGCUCGGGCAAAAGUAGCCUUUGCGCCGAGUUGUCCCACUGCUACGCCCUCGAUCAUCUCUCCAUCGGCAACGAGCUGCGCGAGCUCAUCUCGCCCAACCCUUCACCCCCCAUAGCACGCAUCAAGUCGAUGCUCUCAGCCAGCGAGAUCGAAACAUUCACGAGCAAUGUCACAUCCGGGACACUCGCCCCGAUUCAUCUCACACCCAAAUACGUCAAGGAGCGCAUCUUCCCUACUGGCGGCGACCACGACAAUAUACGAUGUCUAAUCGAUGGGUUCCCCAGAGACGCAGCGCGCUGGCAAGUGUUCAAGCAGUAUGUCAAGGAGUUCUGGACACCCGAUGAGAGGGCGAUCUUGAUUGUGAUGAAUAUCGAAGAGGAGCUGGCGCAUGAGCGGUUCGUGAGCAGGGGGAGGGCGGGUGAUGUCUUUGAGAAGCGGUUUAACGAAUACGAGAGGACAAUUCCGGAGAUUAUCGGGGCGAUGGAUAAAGAUCGGAUGACGAUUGUGGGUAUUCCAAAGGGGGUGAACAAUGGGGAGGGGGAUUUGACGGAGUUUGUUGCUGAGCGACUGGAGGGGACGGAGGCGUGGGAGAGGGUUGAUGACUAG